GGCAGGAACCAUUACAGAGGCACACACAGCCAUGUUAGAGGCUUCAAACAGCCUCCACAUGCUCGGUGCCUUAUGCAAGGUUUCAACCCUUGAAGAGCGUCAGGAUCUUGUCAAUGCAGCGCUAAAAUACUAUCUAGAGGGAAGGAUGGAGAUGCCUCUCAAACAACUGAAAGAAGGACUGGAGACACUGGGGGUGCUAAAUGCCAUAAAGGAGCACUCUUCCAUUAUGGAGGAACUCUUUUGUGGUGGUCCCCCCACCUUGUCAGCUGCCUCCUUGCUGGACCUCUUCACAAUACAUUACUCCCCAAGAGGAACUAACAGGAGAGCCUUGGAGGAGGUUGCAGUUGGUCACUGGCGGGAUUGGAUCAUUGAAGUCGAAGAUGGAGAUGCAGCAGUGGAGGUGGAUGGUGGGGACACAAUUAAAGUCACCCUAGAGAAUGUCCUUGUGUUUGCUUCUGGGGCAUCUGCCGUACCCGUAUUUGGAUUCAAAGAGAAUCCAAAUAUCACAUUUCUCCAUGAGAACAUAAAUGGCAACUGGCGGAUGUUCCCAGAAGCAAACACAUGCACCAUUACUUUGAAGUUGCCGAUUGGACAGGAAUAUGAAGAGUUUUGCCAUUUCAUGACAUCCGGUGUAAUUCAAUCGCCAACAUUUGGGGUAGCGUAAAAAACCUGUUCUCCCAACCCUUAUCACCCAUCCCAUGUGGCUGAUAGCUCUCCUGCUGGAUUGCUGUUUUUUUUUACUAGAAAUUGUAAAAUGUUUGUUAAACAUUAAAGUUUUGUUAAACUUAAU